GAGGGGAGGUGAUGGCAGAGAGAGACGGGAUGGAGACGACGAGAAAGGGGAAAGCAGGGAAGAGGGGAGGGAGAGAGAACGAGAGAAGAUGAUAGGUGGAAGAGCUUCUGGCGAUGGCCAUGGCGUCUGGGAACGAAGGGGGGCGAGGACAAGAGCCUUAGUCAGGAGGCGCCAACGAAUGGUCAUGCUACACGAUGUGCAGGUGCCCAAAGAGGGAAGACAAGAAGACGAGGCCGGAGCGGGAGCCGAAGGAGGAGAAGAGAGAGGAGGUGGAGACGCCGGCGGCGGCGAAGGGGGAGGAGGAGAAGGAGAAGGAGAAAGAAGCAGUAGGCGAGCGGAGAGAUCUGCAGAAGGCGGCAGCGGAGGGAGCCGUAAUACUAUAGCCGAUGAGGAUCAUCAUCAGCCUCAUCAGCGGCAGCAAGCAACAACCCCCACGGUCUCUUGGAGAAGGAGAGGGUUAAUAGAGGUGGUGGCGGAUGAUGAGGACGACUCUGAUUACGUUCCCGGAUGAUUCAUUGUUCGUUCAUUGUUCGUUCUCUGUUUUUUUUUCUGGUUAAUGUCGAGACCACGCUUUGACGAAGGCCACAGGGAAAAAGGGCGGGGAGCCUGCAGUGAGGCCGCCUGCGCGCCGCCCGCCCGCCGCCGCGGUACACAUCGCUGAGGUCGGUGAAAAAAGGCGGAGAGCGUGUAGAGAGGAUGUGCCACCUGCACUCCGCGCCCCUCGCCCGCGGCUCCAGCUGGCGGUGCCGAAGGCAGGGCGGUGAUAAAGAAUAGGCGCGGGGAGCGUGCGGAGAGGCGGGGAGCCUCCUGCCUGGCGCACUCGAUGCAAAAGGCGGGGUGGUGGAAAGACAAGGCUUAGCGGCCGCCCGCUCCCCGCGGGAGCGAAAGGUCGAGAGUGUACGAAAAGGGGGAGGAGGGCGGGGCGGCCGCGGAGAGAGGCAGCUGAUUGACGAUACCAUUUUUACAACGAGGGCGGCUCGCGCGCAGAGGGUGAAGACUGGUGGCCCUCGCUCGUAUCAGCUGCCAUUCCUCUUUGCGACAAGUAACUCGGAACGCAACACGCAACACGCAACACGCUGCUAAGGACAGCCUCUCUCUCUCUCGCUCCUCUUUUGGAUUGGUCUCGAGGUCGAAUGUGUACUCUUACUCAAUUACCGGCGUAUGGGCAGCUCGCCCUCGCUCGUAAUCAUUCUUUCAUUGAUGUUCAUUUUUUUAAAAACGUUGCUCGCGUUCAUAAUCACUCAAGCAAUCAAUCGUCCGAUUGAUUGUUCAUUUGACGAGUCUCUCUUCCUUACGGAAUGUGACAUAUACACCCCAAAAUAAAACAUGCUUUUGCUC